GUGGCGGUAGUCUUAUCGCCGUCGUACGUCGUCCUUAUCAAACGCUCAGCGUCGAAACUCUCAGUUUUUCUCCUCUCAGUAGCGCAGCGUACCACCCAUAGUUAUUGUUUCGUCUUCCGUCCGACUCCGAGGCUUAGACCUUUUUUUUUUUUUUUCACUCACCCAUCGUCCUUAGCAGCCAAACGAACCGAUUCACCGACGCUAUGUGGAGUCCCACGCACGUACAGGUCACAGUUCAGAGGACCCGGGGCUUAAACUUCAAGAACAAAAACGCCAAAAAUGAUUUAUUUGUCACCAUUGGUUUGGGAAAAGAAAAAUAUCAAACAUCGCCAAAAGAAAAAGCAAUAGAUACCGAAUUAACAGAAUGGCAUGAAGUUUGUGAAUUACAAAUCCCUAAACAAGGAAAUACUGCUGAAUUAGUACUAAGCGUACUACACCGAAAUUUUUUGGGACUAGACCAAUUUUUGGGUCAGACUACAAUACCUUUGGCUGAUAUUGAUGUUUACGAACGUCCAAAAAGCAAGUGGUAUCCUUUAAAAAGCAAAAAUGGACAAGAAAACAAAGAACGUGGUGAAUUACAAGUUAAAAUAGCAUUUACAGUUAAAUCUGGAAGUCUACGGGAUCUAAGCAAGAAAGAAAAACACAGAUUAUCUGUAGGGCAAUUAUCUCAUACAGCUUCCAAUAUCAGUGGUAGUUUGAUGAGCAUUAGUAGUGUUGAUAAAAAAUCUUUUAAGAAACUUGCUAAAACAAUAACGGGAAAAAUUAAAAGAGAAAAAAAAAUUCAAGAAAUAUCAUCCUCUAGUAUUAAUUUAAGUGUAGAAAAUCCAAACAAAGUAAACUCUUCACAAGCAGGAUAUGAUGCCGACCCAGGUGUUAUUAGUGAUGAUGAUGAUUUUGCACUUGAAGAUUUAUCGCACAAAGGAUCAGCUUGCUCUUUAGAGACAUCUGGUCAAUCUGAUCGCAAAGGAGUGAAUAGUUCACCUAUCAGUGGCUUAACUUUACCUAUGCAUGGAUCAGUUGAAAGUGUUAGUAACUCGGAUACAAUGAACAAAUCUCCAGUUAUGAAUCGUUCGCCUGUUUCUCAAACACAAGAUGAAUGGCAACGAAAACUAUACAAAAACAAAGAUAAUAAUACUUUAAAACUUUCUGACACUCUCAAGUCAAAAUUAAAAGAUGCUGUAGAUGUGCCAAUCAAUCACGAUAGAACUAAAGAUAAAAGUCCAACACCAUCACUCAAAAAUAGUCCUAAAGUUCAAAAGAAACAUCCUAUUUCACCACUUGAUGACCGUUCUUUUAACAAUAAGGAAUCUAACCAUGAAAAUGACACAUUACCAAAAAGCAAGUCGGCGUUGUCGUCAUGGAACAAAGCUUAUGAACGCAUCAUCAUUGGCAAGGAAAAAGAUUCCAGUCAUCAUCAAAAUUCUCAUUCGAAACACUCAGCAGAGGUGCUUCAAAAGUUUGAUGGAAAAUCCAGAGAUGAUUUGAUUGAAAUGGUGAUUCAGUUGCAAACCAAUUUGCGCGAUGAGAGUAAACAGAGAACCGAACUAGAAGAGUACUUGGACAAGCUGUUGCUGCGCGUCAUGGAAACUUCACCAAAAAUCUUGCAAACACCUUAUAUUUGCUACAAGCGCAGAGUAUAAUGUUAUAAUUUUAACAAACAGUAGUGGCCGGACCGAAAAUGUAUUAUUUUUUUCUAUUAUUUUAUUAAAAAAUUCUGAUCAUUUUUUUUAACACAAAUGAGAUGACUUCUAAGCUCGCCAAUUAGGUGAUGGUACACCAGACUAUAUUAUUAAUGAUAACGAGCUUGUAUAAUAUAUUUUUUUAACCAUUACAAAUAGUAGUAUUGUUAAUAUUCUUGUUGAAUUAACACAUAUAUAUUUUUAUAUUCCUCGACACCAAAAUAUAUAAUAUUUUUUUAACUAUAUUUUAUAGUUUCUGAGAUUUACAUCAUCAAAAUUACAAAUUAUGUAGCCAUUUAAAUGUUUGUCACAGCUAUUACGUUAUGUUUUAUCUUUGUUCAAUUAACUGUUUGAUUAUUUCACGGUUUGUCUGUUAUUUUUAUUAGAUAGUUACUAUUUAUUCAUGUAUGUUAAAGGUGUGUACCAGCAGAUAUAUAUUUUUUUUAUUUUUUUUUUUUUUUUGUUAUCUCACAGUUAUUUUCUUAGAACAAUUUUAAGACCUUUAUAAUUGUAUUAAUUUAUUAUUAAAUCUUUUUAUGCCAUUUUAAUAGAAGACAUAAAACACAUAGUGUAACAAAGGUUUAAAUUGUUUUCACUGUAAAUUUGUUAAGUUGUUUCGUUUAAAGGGCUAUAUAUUAUGAAUAUAUAUUUUUUAAUGAUGGAAAUAGAACUCGCUGCCUUUUGUGUGAAACAAUUUUUUUUAUUACUAUUAUUUAAGUGUAAUCUAAUGUUGUGAUUUUUAUAUGUGCUAUUUUUUUUUUUUAAGAAUAACCAAACCGUCCCUUGUAACUAAUAAUAAUUUUAUAAUUUUAUAAUAUACAUAUUGUUAUCCGUGUACAUAAUUGUCUUACUUGAAUGACAUUAUGUUAUCAUUUGAGUUUUGUUAUCAAUUAUGUUAUCUGUUUCUAAUAUUACUAACAUUGUGUAUCGUAUCAGGGUGUUAUUAUGAUAUAAUAAAUUAUAGAUUUAGUUAAGUAUUUUUAAAUAUUAUUAUGUUAAUUUAAAGCAUGUGUCAGUAAUAAGCAAAAGUGAAUUAUAGUUUAACUAAACCAUAGAAAAAAAAAAGCUGGAACCACCAGUUAUGUCCAAUUUAAAUUUUACACUCAUAAAUAUUUGUUUUUUUUUAUAUAUAUUUCGUCCCAUCUUAGUACAAACAAUUACUUUAUCUGUAUUGUUUUCCUUUGUAUGGAUACCCAGAAUAAUUAUUCAUACACUUAGAAUAAUAGAAUCUAAUAUUUGAUAAUUGAUGUAUUUUCAAUUUUCUAGAACGUAUAUAAUUUUCUGAAACUUCUUUUGUAAAACUCAUUUGGACUGUUUUGGAAACUAAUUGCCGACCCCUUGUUUAAAACAUGUGAUAACAAUUAAUUAUAAAAAUGUAUGGAAUAUUCUAAAUUAUUGUAAAGAAUAUUCUUUACUUUUCAGGUUGUAUUUAUCACAACAAAACCAUAUUAUUUUGUGCUAAUUAUAUAACAAUGUAUUUUAUAAGUUAUUGUUAAUUUAUCUUAAGGUAAAAAAAAAUUUGAUGUAUGUUAUGAAACUGUUAAAAAUAUUAUUAGAAAUGAGAGUUUUAUUUUUUAGAUUGAUUUUAAUUAUAUUUAUUUAUUUAUUUAUAUAAUUGAUAUUUGGGAUUUCCAAUAAAUUAAUUUAAUAUAACA